UGAUCUGGUAACUUUCUUGUUGGAAUUUUCAUUUUCAAUCAGAAAAAAGUGAAGUAACAAAAGACGAAGAAAAAAAUAAAUAAAAUUUUUGUGUGAUAUUUUUUGCUAUAAGCAUUUAAUUAAUCAGACAGACUAAUACGGCUAGAAAAAGAAAAAAUAUCAAAGGAUUAUUUUAUCAAUGACAGUAUGGCCGCGGAGCAACGAAUUUUAAAACAAGAUGGUUACUUGGAUGUGGGCUGUAUCAGUAGAGGCGCUCUAUCUAUGGAAAGCGGCGCUAUUGUUAAAUCCCCCGCAUCGAGCACAAGUUCCAUAAUUGACGGAAGAGCAGUCCUGACAACCAGUAUUGUUUAUCAUCCAAAUCUGAAUGUCAUACUUGUAUUCGACAGUAUCAAUCAAAUCAAAGUUCUCGAUGUGCACUCUGGUGUCAUAUUGCAGACGUACCAUCUUGGAAAUGAUACAAACCACAAAAUCCAUGGUUAUUUCAUGCCACUGCAAGAGAAGAUUAUUAUAACAGAUGGCCAUGUUAUUGGUUUUCGUGGAGACUACAAUGGAGUUUUAUUAUUAGACACAGUUUUGCAAACACCAAUUACACAUAAUGAUGACCCAAUAAGAAUUGAAAUGCUACUGUCAGAAGCUGUACUAUUUCAGACAUGCCUUAAAGAAUUGGAACAAGAUCUUGAGUGCCCUAACGAUUUGUUAAAUGAGCUUAUUGAAAAGAUAAAAAGUGCUCAGUCAAAUUCCAAAAAGGGAAUCAAAGCCCAAAGGUGGAAUACAAUUUGUCUACAAGUCCCUUAUUCUAGCCUUAAAUUGGUCGCCAGUAAUUUGGUUAUAUUGCUAAAACGUCUCGAGAGACAUGUUCCUGCUUUAGCCAUUGCCUCGGCGAUUAAUGAACGUUUAACGGAUUUACUUGCGGGUGCACGUUUGCGGGAUAUUAAUUGGCAUUGUAAUAAUUUUCAACGUGUUCUCAUGCACUCAGAGGCGGUGCGAAGACAAACGUUUGAAAAGUGGCCCCAUAUGGAUUACAAAUGGGCACUGCCAGACCAGAUGGCACAAGCUGGUUUCUAUCACCAGCCCUCGUCAUCGGGAGAGGACAGAGCAAUGUGUUUUACUUGUAAUGUUUGCCUGGUUUGUUGGGAGAAAACCGAUGAGCCCUGGAGUGAACAUGAACGCCAUUCGCCAAUGUGUCCAUUUGUCAAAGGUGAAUACACCCAAAAUGUGCCUCUGGCAGUAACAUAUGCUACAAAUCCCGGAGUAUUGGUACCUGUUGCACAAGGCUUCGAUGUCAUAUCGAACAGUGACUACGCGAAUGUCCUGUGCACUAGUUGCUCCAAAACAGGUGACAUAACUAUUUGGAGCAUUGAACGUCACCUAAAACAGAUGCACUCUUUUAAUAUUGCCUCUCUUAUGAAAGACAUUCUGUGCUGUAAUAACAGUCUCGAUAAUGCUUCAGAAGAUACAGAAGGUUCAUAUGAAUGGGUUCGUGUCACAUCCAUUUGUGCUUUGCCGAAUGCAAGAGCUCAAAGUAAAAUAUACUCCAUGAAUUCUGUACAGCCAGGUACCAGCAGUUUAGGCUCUGCUGCAACUACUGGAGGAACCUUACUUCCAUCAUCAGUAUCACCCUGUACAUCAACCUCAACUAUUCGUGCUGGAGUCGUAGGAUCAAAGAUUAUUUUGGGCUUAAGCACCAAAAAAACCACAGGAGAACACAUGUUGCUGAUGGCUGUUUUAAAAAUUGUUGAAUGUGAUCGCCCUACUGAUAAUGCUAAAACUAAAAACGAGCAGGUGAUUGAAAGUGUAAUCACAUCCAAUUCUGGUGAUAACAAAGAUACAACCGCAUCCAAUAAUGCAAAAGGUGAGAACGAUACUUUACAUUCUAAAGAAGUUUCGUUGAUGAAAACAUUUAAUCAACUUGGCGAGAAAACACAAUCGAUGGUAUUUGAGAAAUAUGCCGAUGGAUUUGACAGUAAUGGAUUUGCAAAUGACAUAAUGGCAACGUCGAAACCAGAUGUUAGUACAGUUAUGUCGGGUGGUAAAUCAGAUUCACCAAUGGAAUACAAUGAUGCUUAUCUUGAAGCUGAAUUUAAAAAGAUGGCCGAACAAUUCAGUGACCUAAACAGUCUUUUCGACUAUGAUUACGGCCAGCCUGUGGAGAAUAGUUCAUUGGCUGGCGAAGAGGGUGGCGGAGGUGGUGGCGGAAUUGGUAGCGGUGGUCCAAGUGUCGGCACCGAUGAUAUCGAAAUGGAUGCCAGUUAUUUUAAAGAAAGCCUUCUAUCUGGAGCGAAAGCUGCUCAAAAAAAUAAAAAUUUAAAUAAAAAUUUUAACAGCAAAACCAACAAUUCACCAAAUCCAGAGACAGGAGGAAUUUCAAAGGUUAACUACAGUGAAGAUAUAGACUGCAUUGUCGAAAGCUGUACAAUUCUCAAGCGCAUGAACGCCUUAAACGAUGGUAAUUCACCCAAUGGAGGAGAGGAACUUGUGGAAAUAGCUGAUAUUAUUCCAACAAAUAGCAAUUGUAGUCAAUUAUUGGUAAAAUUGUUAAAGACAAAAGCAUCGAAAAUAACAACUGCUAGCAAGAUCAUAAUGGCAAAUGUAACUACUGAUGCGGAUAGUGAGAACGAUGGCGACGAUGACGACGAUAACGAUAAUAACGAUGAGAGUAAUAAUGAAUAUCAAACAAGUCAUUCUCGGUCUGUGUCCAAAAAAUCUGUAGGUGGUCAGUUGUUGCUAUUUGAUUGCAUUGAUGGUGCAAUUCCGAAUGAACAUAAAAAAGCCAUUACAUUCAGUAGAGCAAAGUGUCCCAAAGAUAUCUGUAUAUUACCGAAUUUUCAGCACAUGGGCGAUGUUCCCGAAUCGGUAGUAGCGGAAUGCAAUAAUGGUGAAAGUAUUGGUGCAUUUUCUGUUGUUUGUGCUGAUGGCAGUAUCGAGUUAUUUUCAUUGUGUGACUUUCAACGUAUAAGCAGCAUUAAGGAGGAACAACAUCAUUUUAUUGCCGUUACUUAUUGUCGCAGUUUAGAGCGUUUAUGCUGUUGUACACAAGACGGAGCUUUGAUUUUUUAUUCUCUCAAUGAUACUGAUGAGUCAGGUGACGAAAUGAUUGACAUGGAGGAGGAAAGUUGUACCGGCCUUACGUUAAACGAAAGCUGUGUUGAACUUUGUGUAACUGAUGGAGGUAAUUUGAAUCAACAGCAACAACAACAACAACAACAUGGAGCCAAUUCAUUAUCGAUCGUCGAUGACGAUUUAGCACAAUCUAAUUCUGUACAAUUUCCAUUCUGCACAAAUAUAAAAGUUGACUGUGGUACUAGUCAAACUCCAAUCUCCGGAGCAGGAGUGCCCGCGUCACCAUCUCCAUCUUCGAUGACCGUUAACGCAGCGGCUUCAAACUUACUGGCUUAUCGAAGCGGCGAUCUGACCUUGGACGAAUUGCGAUCGUUGUAUGAUCUCACUCUUUUUGAUGAAAAAUCAAUACCUUACACAGCCGAAGUACCCAGUUGUUGGAAUAACUUAGUGCAAGCUCAAAAGCAACGAAAGCAAUCGCAGCACACUUGGCGUCUACAUAAUGAUGCCACAACAUGGGAUGAGCACAUUAUUGAAAUAAAUUUGUUGCAACCUGCAACAUUGGGUCAUAUCGAUUUAAAGUUUUCAUUAUAUCAACCGUGCCACAAUCCAGCAGCGAUACAAGUGACACUAUUGAAGCAAAAUACCAGUGGAUUCGGCUACAGAAUGAAGGGUGGUCCACACUCCAGUUUCAAACACCAGUCUAUGGAAGAUGGCGGAAGUGCCGAUGUACCUUCUGGUAGUAGUAUUAAUAGUAGCGAUGGCAACAAUGAGAAUCCAGUUUUGAACGAAGAGUUUUUACAGACGCACAAUGCUGAAAUUUUAGCAGGCCCCAUAGAACUCUCUUCAUGUAUAGAUUUGUGCGACCAAGGUGGAACAGUUAUUCUAACAUCUCCAAAACUUUACAAAACUCGAACUAGGAAUUUCCUGCUGCACAUCAAAACGAUGGCAGACCCUUCAAAAGAAGGUCAGUGUAAGACUCGCGGUUGCGACUGGUUACAUGAAAUUUCAAUAUUCGUACGGGGUGUUAAACCGCAAACUCAAAUCCCAAACGAACGUCUCCAACGUAUUGCCAUGUUAGAAAGUAAUCAGUUACUGGACAUUCUCUUCAAAAUAAUCAGUAAAGCGGAGACCUCAACGUUGGAAAAAAAUUAUGCGCUCGACAUUCUUAUUUGGAUCUGUUGCAUUCGAUUGAAAAGAUUUCGAUCUCCAAAAUCAGAAAGAUGCAAAGGUCAACCUAUAUUGGCACAGCAACUGGAGUGCAUCAGUUCAACAGAGAAAUAUUUGGAAAAUAUAUUACGUUACUGUAUCAUUCACAGCAGCCGCAGUAUGGCUCACAAAUGUGUGAAAUUAAUUCUAGUGUUAACAGAUGGCUUUUGCAAUUUACCACCAACCAUUAAACCAUCUUCAAAAUUAGAUUCCGCUUUAAGGGAUGCCAUCUACAAUACAUUUAAUGAACUUCCAUUGGCUAAACAUGCUAGCGUUGUUCGUUGGUAUGUGAUGUUGGCAUGCAUUACAUCGUCUAACAAAACCUACAACAGCAUAUCGGAAAUGUGUGUGAAGUUGUUAAUGGAUAUUUCAGAAGAAAUCCACAGGCGAUGGGAUCCAUAUGGUGCGCUCAUCGGCACAAGAUUUGGUUUAUAUGGCUUUCCCUUUGAGCCGGACAUUUUUGAUUAUGAUUUACCGAAUGUCAAUAAAAAUAACGUUAAUUUUACAUCAACUCUAAUGAAUAUUAUACGAAACAAUGCCGGUCUUGUCCAGGCAGCAGGAAUUGACAUAAAGAAAUUGUGUUCAAUUGAUGGUGUUGAUUUUAGAACAUUUCCCCAUUUGAUCAAGUGUAAAAGUGUAAGUAAUCAAUUGCGAGGUUUGCUUGAAGUAGAACAGCUUCAUUUUACUUGUGCUGCAACCUCAGAAGCAACCCGAGUAGAUAAUAUGGAUACUGUGUCCGCAAACACCAGCUCCAGCAAUGUUAAUAUGGAUGAUCUUCUAAUUGCUCCAAUGGUAGCAGAAGCUGUCGAUCAAAUGUAUUCAAAAUCUGACAAGAUGAAUGACAUUCUAAAUAAUGUUAAAAAUAAUGUCAACAAUAUUGUCGAUAAGAUCAAAUUGGAAAAGAAAUUGGAUAUGAACGAAGGCACUGAUUUAAAGCCGAAUGGAAUAGGACCGAUCGAUCCUGAACAGGGCAUUGCAACUGGUAUAUCAAGUAAAAAUGAAACAUCUAAUGAAGACAAAGUUAAAUUGAAGACAUUGCCAAAGUUUAAAUUUAUUUGCGAGUACAUCGAUCAGCAAUUGGGUGGCCCAGAGAAAACAUCCAAAGAUAGUAAAUCAAAUGAAAAAUCUGAUAAAAUACGGGUGCCUCCUGGAAGCUCGGUUAAUGGUGGCACAGUUUGCGGUGAAAAUGGUAGCGCUAAUGCUCCAAAUAUAUUCACGUGGCAUAAAUUGUUAUCUCCACCACCAAAACAAAUGGUUGUGAUUGAUCGAAUGCACUCCGGAGCUAGACGCUUUGUUGUACUUGAUUUUGGUUCACCCAUUCUUUUAACAGAUCUUAUAAUACCAGCAUGCGACGAGUUGGCUUCUCUGCACAUUGAUAUUUGGUGCUUCGAUGAGGAGACCGACUGUGUUCGUUUAGUUGUGGCACCCGAUAUUGGAACAAAGACUUUGGUUUUAAGUGAUUUGCUGCCACCACCUAUUUGUCGUUAUAUGAAAAUAACUAUAAUGGGACGCGUCGGCAUGUCAUCGACAAAAUGUAAAAUUCCACUUGGCUCAUUUUUUGGACAUAUAGUAGUAUUGGAAUCCGAUGGCUAUGGCGAUAUUCUUCUAGAUUAUAUGAAUAGCCAGUCUCAGAAUAUUCAAGCUCAGAUAAAGGCAUUGCACUCAUUACACGAAGACGUACAUUGCCGAUACAGUCUAGCAAGCUGUAAGCUAUUGGAGUUGCUAACACCACUUCUAAAUGCAGACGUAUCUAAUGUAGCCCACAUGCAGGCAUUUAUUAACAAACAACGUAGUGAUGAUGAUACGUCCUACAACUUGGAGAGCGGAAAAAUCACUUCAAUAUAUGAGGAAUGUAUAGUGCUUCAGCAUGAAAUUAAUGUUAUACGGAAUGUUAUUAUUAGAUUAGAAUCCUCCAUUAAGGAUAAUAACUCAUAUACUCCAAUGGAUCCGUCGCAAGCCUUACGUAUGUCAUCACGUGACAAGUUGCGAGUUCUUGGCCAGGCGUUAAUAGAAAUUCUAUUAAAUUUCUCCAUAGAAUUCAGCUUCAAGGAUAUGUUGGCUAUGCAACAACUGUUCACAGCUGAUGUGGCCAAUAUGCUAUUUAAUUCGUUUGUCGUAUAUGGAGAUGCUCAUAUUCAAUUGGCGACAUGUUCUUUGUUAGUUCGCAUGUGUUGCGUACAAACCUGGUGGGGGGAUUUUCUUACAAACAUAUUUUGCAACUUGUUCUCUUCUCAAAAUAGCAAAAUAUUUCCCCAAGAUCGUAUAUUCUUUUUGCUGACCUAUUUGGGAAGACGAAGCAUUUCUAUGGGAAAUUGUCGGUCUAUAGUAAUAGAUUCAGUGCUAAAAACAUUGGCCAAAUUGCUGGCUCCAAUUUCUCCACGAUAUCAAGAGGCCACUGGAGGAGGUUUUAAUAUUUCGGGCAUUGAAUCGGACACUAGCAACUUGUGUGCCAAAUCUGACUUGCAACUGAUAACAUGGCUGCUUUUAUUUCUUUCAGUUUGCCUGGAUGAUCGCAAAGACAAAUCUGCAAAUAGAUGGGACUUUAUGAGCUGUGAAACAGACUUUGCCAAAACACGAGGACAAUCAUCAAAUAGUUCGGGAAAGCAAUUGCGCUGUUUUAAAAAACGUAUUAUCCAGCAAAAUAAAUAUAGUGUACAACCCUACACAGAUUGGGGCAAAAAAAUCUAUAUGAUACAGAAUGAACAUCCUGGUAUUUUUAUGGAACUUACCGGUAAACCAAAGUCAUCAAGCAAAACAAGCAAAAAUAACAUUUUGCCAAAACUUCCCAAAGAUGUUAACCAAGAACCCGAGAAUAAUUUCGACAAAGGCCUCAAGAACAUUCGUCUAAAUAAUAUACUGAUUGUCAUACGUGGUCUAAUUGCGUUGCUGCUUGAAAUGGAUUUUACUUGCAAUAUGGACCAAUUUUUGCUCACAUGCAAAGUAAUCGCACGAUUAGUUUCCGCUUGUAGACCUGCAGUACAGCUAUCAAAGAUUAUAACUAUAAAUCAAUUGGAGCACUUGAUUCGUAUGGCUGUAUGGAAUGACCAACAACAACCAUGGGCUGUUCAUGCUAUUACAUGUUUAUUACAGGACUUGUUGGAUGCGGAUAGACAUUUCAAAGAUAACGAUGCUACACCCACGAAUGAUGGCAUUAGGCCAUUGGACACUUUACAGGAAACAAAAGAUUUAUUCGCUGCCUAUACUUCUUUGUACAUGCCACAAUCAGGGUCUACUCAGACGACAAGCAACGAUAUGCAAUAUUCAGACGGUGUGAAAUAUCCAUAUUUGCCCUCACUAAUUGAAUGCGAAGAUACAGAGUUCGAUGAGAUAUUGAAUGACAUUGAUAAUUUUGAACGAAACAAAUCAGUACCAAAGAAGGAUAAUAGCAACUUGAAUAAGAACACAGUUAACUAUUUUUGCAAAUCGAUUUCAAGUGCAAUGGAUUCCCGUUUAGACAUCGGACUGGAUUUAAACGUUGAAACGGAUUUACGACGCAUUACAAUGGUCUCAUCUCUAGAUAUGUACUCAUCGCUCCCUCAAAUAGCUGCUAGUGAAUUCAAAACGGCUUCACCGGAAGUUGCGGUUUGGCCAGAUUAUGUUACAGAUAUAUGGUCUGGCCCAGAAUACAAUUGUGGCGUAAAUACAUACAACAUGUUCAAAAGCGUCUUUGAUUGUAUACUCGCAGACCUGCAUUUAGAAGAAACGUGGGUACAUCUUGAACAAGUUUUGCAGAUGUGGUUGACUCUGAAUAGUGAGCUGGCCGAUAAGUCUUACAAUUCCGGUAUCUCAAACAGCGAAGUUCCAAAAAUACCUUUUGGUGCGAACGCUAUACAAGGACUUUUAUUGGCAUUGGCAUGGUACAAUGAUGUUAAAUUGCGUACGUGGUGUUUGGGUUUUCAAUGCCUGCUAUUAGCAUGUAAUUCUCAAACAUUUUGCCAAGAGGAAGAAGACCGAACUCGUAUUAAUGAAGUCAUUAUUAACGAUGAGAACUUUGAGAAAAUGUUGCUAAGGUUUUUCUCCGGCUAUGGCAUGAGCUCAGUUAUUAUUACUAAUCGAUGCGCUGGACCAACAAUAUGUAAACAUUUGCAUGAACUGUUGCACUGGCUACAUCGCAAAUGCGAGUCUGCCGAUGCCAUCAUAUCCUGCAAACGAAAGCUCAAAGAUACGCUUCUGCACGUGAUUCUGCAACUUGUUCAACCUGGUGGUGCAAUAAGCAACCAAUUAGGUCCAAUUGACGCUCAAAGCCAAUUAGUUCGUGACUUAUUAAUAAUGCCCUACGAUAAGGCAGAUCUAAAUAUUUCAUUGAAUAUUAUAGAGUGUGUUUCAUUUUUGGUAUUUAAUAAUAUUUCGAAUGGCGACAAACUGCAGUGUCAACGUACAUCUGAUACCAACAAUGCCAGCAAUUCAUUUAGUAGUUUAUUUGCCAAUGUAUUGGGAUCCGACCACUCUAAACAAAAUUGCCCAAUAUCUGAUAAUUCUCUUAUUAUAAGCUUGCUGAAACUUUGCUCAUCGUUAAUACAAACAGAACUGCCACGACAACUGACAGAUGUCACUAUUCCAGAAGAGGAAGAACUUACAAACAUUUGCCAAACUGACGAAACUAAAGCUGAACAAUUAAAUAUAGACGGCCAUCGUGUCAAAACGCCAUGUAUAGCUGAUACAGUACUCCGACAUUUUCCAACUAUGAAGCGUUUAUUAGGUUCUCUGUCUCAUUGUUCAAGUACGUCAUUUACCUUAAUGGUCUCAUCUGCCCUCUACAGUGUUAAACCGGCCGAUUCGACAUUUUUGCUUGAUGAACCACAAACUACAGCUGAUGCCGUAUUCAACAUGCUUAUAACAUUAUGCGAGAAAGCGUCAAAUUCCCGUUUAAUUGUAGCUCCGAUAUGCCAAUACUUGGAAGCAUGCACAUCACAGCGUACAUCUCUACCGCGUUUGCAUUUGUCUGAACCAUUGCUGUGGUACAUAUCUAAAGUUCUUGAAGUUUCAUCGGCUGUUCAAAUAUUUACGCAGCUAGGAGGUAUUGAAAUAAUAUGUAAAAAUUUAGUUCGGCUGAAUAAAAUUCUAAUAAACGUACAGCCCGGAUUGAUUUCUAUGAUAAUGCAACAUAUGACUAGAAAUACGAAGGUUAAGAUGGUUUCGCAUGGGUGUGCCAACGGGAAUGGCAAAAAAUCAUCAUCGAGUUCAAAUCAAAAUCAUCGUUUCUUACAAGAUGGUUUAAUUAAUUUUGCUCCAUUCUGUACAAUUUCGGCAGAAAAUGAUACAGCUCAAUCGGCCGAUAUUCUUAUAAUGAAUCCAGUGGCAUCACAUCGACGACCACGCACACCUGCCUGGAGCUACAUGUUUUAUCCGAACGAAUCACAUGCAGAUCUCACAAUAACCCUGCCAACGGCAAUUUUAUUACGCGAGGUCCAACUACAACCACAUGCCCCAACACUGGCUUCAUGUCCUUCUGCUGUAGCUUUGGAAAUCUCAAGAGACUUUGGAUUAGGGCCCGUACCGGUGGGGCCUCCUUUAACAACAACUGGCAUGACUUGUAUUCGCCUAAAGUUAUCAAAACCAGAAAUAGCUACAAGUAUUGUUCUGAGACUAUAUAGGCCCAAAGAUAGCCCCAGCAUUGGUUUAACACAAAUUGCAGUGUUGGGCAAUACGAUAUUUGCUUCACAAACAAAUAACUCGAGUAUUGCCAGUGGGUCGAAUUGCAAUACUUCAGCAUUAACAUUUGAUCAUGCCAUAGAUGACGAUUCGUUUGCCAAAACGAGUGUGGGAUGGGUUCGUAUCUUAUCACGGUGCUAUAGUGCUGCAUCUAUGGUUCCUUCUGAAUCUAAAUUAGCAGCAGAUGUCAUUGGAGCUUCUGCUGCUUAUCCAGGAUUUUUGGAUGCUUGUUGUUCGUUGAUGAACAUUAUGCCCAUGAUUCCAAAUGCAGCGGUACAAAAUCUUGAAUGUGUAUUAUUAAAAUUGGGAGCAUACAGUCGUGAGCUUUGCCUUUCGCUAAUACGGACUUUAUUAUGGGGAACGACACCACAAAUUUAUAAACUAUCUAAUGAAAGUAUAUGCGACUUGUUGUAUGAGCUGUGCACAAACAAAGAUGAAUAUGUUUUAGAUAAAAUUCUAGUUCUCUUAGAGUGGAUAGAAAAAUUGAAAAUGAACUACAGUAGUAAUAACAGUGCACGGUGUAAUAAUCCUCAGAGCGGUUUCGUGAAGUGUAUUGCUUCGAUCCUUUGGUAUAUUUAUGCUGAGAAUAAUGUCGCAAAUUUGAGCGAACAUAUCACACAAAAUGUGUUUGAUGCUUGCAUGCAUUGGAUUGAUAGACUCGAGCAUGAAGAGCCAUUGAAAAUAGCUUUUGAUUCAUUACUCUGUUCGCUGUGCUAUAUACAACCGAAAUUAUUUACUCAUCUAUUAACAAGACUUAAUGUCACCUUAGCCCAGACUGAUGCAGAUUUAGACUUGUCGAGAGAUAGAAACGAUGAGUGUGGCUUGACUGAUGACAACAAGGAGGUUAGUGGAAGUGUUUGGUACGCCAAUGUGGCAGCAGAUAACUUGUCAACAUUAUUUGGACGUCCAUCAUAUUUAGCUACCAUUGCAAUGGCAUGUCAAUCUCCAAAUGCUGUAUUUCUAUUGGUUGACUCUGGACUACCUAAGCUGUUAGCAUAUGCCUUGUUUGAGUAUUGUUCUUCGCUGUUGUUGCAGGAUAAUGAGUGCCAAACAUUGGAAUACGAUCAAACGCAAUUUGCCACACAAUAUACUUUGUCGAAUCCUCCAUCAUCCUCGUCCUGUAUGACCGAUGCAGACAAAGUUGCGGGCGAUAAAAUGGAAGUAACGCAAACGGAAAAUGACACCGAAUCAAAUAAAUCUCAACUUAUGACGUUCGAUCUUGUAUCAAAAAUUCUCGAUUUCUUUUCUGAGUGCUGUUCGGAAGGACAUAUGCGUGACUGGUUGGGGACACAGCAAGGAUCCAUAUUUUGGAAACCCUUAUUAAAGCUUCUUUGUAAUCACCGACCUAUCAAUUUCGUUCCAAUCACACCCAUAAUAAGCAGUGAACCUACACAACAAGCGUUUAUACGUAUAGAACGAGCGACAAUUAAUUUCUUUGCACGCGUCACCGCCUGUCAUCCCAAUAACCAAAAUAUAUUGACAAUGCUAUUAAUCGAAGUAAUAAGAGAACCAUCCGUAUCACUGGGUCUUAAUUCUGUGGAGUCUAGUUCAAAGCAAACCAUAUCUGGUUUUACGCGUCAACUCGUUCUUCAAUUGCUGCUUGAAAACGAACGCAUUCUGGUUUCUGUGCGCAGCAAACAACCACUUCAGAAAAAAGAUCCGUUCACCCCCUAUUUACCCAUGACUGCCAAUAUCCCAUCCGCAACAUUACCAAAUAAUUUUACUUCUCCAAGCAGCGUUACAAUGUCCUUGGUCAAUCACCAUCCAGCAAAACGUAUUAACAAUCAUCAUUUGCUCUUUUCUGUUAGCGCGAAUACGAAAUGUCAAGAGAUUAUUCAAAAUUGUCUAUCAGCAUACAGUAAUUUCUUAUCUCCGAUGAAUUCAGAAAUGCGACAAAUCGAUGGGAGUUGUAAUGCUGCCUCUGGGAUUAGUUUGUCAAACGCUACACACUGUGACUUGCUGAAACAAGAUGAUGCUGAUAAGAAUCAGAACGAUCCUUAUAAGGACAUUUCAAUUAAUUUUAAUGGUUUGGAAAAUGGCAUGGAGUUUCUGAGUGUAGCAGCUGGAGUUACAGCCAAAGACAAACGCAUUAAAGAUGCUAAAAAUCAAGUUGCAGCAGCCAGUAAGGAUAACAAGGAUAUGAUUACAAAUUUUUCAAAACUUGUUACGUUUGAUGAUUACCUUACACAACCGAAUUCAUCGUCCAGUGCGGCGAAUAGUGGUGGUCAACUGGUGCUUCGAGAUUAUCCAGAUAUAUUUAUCAGUGGAGAUACAACGAUUUCACAGUUGCUUGCCACACUACAAAGAAAGGGACAUUCCUUAGCUAAACCAUGCAUAACACUUGAUAUGAUAACUGGUAAGGGGGCAAAUGUCGAUGUUCUUGAUGAAUCUUCCUAUAUAAAGACAUCGUGUGUGGAGCCAUUACCUUCACCAUUGCAACGUUUUUCGACUCGAGGUGGUCUGUCCUUAUUGGCCCAGUAUUUACCAACAGUUUAUCCAGAUAUUUCUUCACGUAAGCACCAAAAUACGGCACCAGAGAAGGAGAAAAGUCCACCAAUGAAUGAUUGGGUUAAACUAGAACCAAAUGACGAUAUCUACGAGGAUCUUGAGGAUCCAUUGUCAGAACCAACUGCCAAACAAGCCACUAUAACCUCAGUCCCUCAGCAUUCACUAGCCGCGUUUGGACUAUUUUUACGUCUGCCCGCCUAUUCAGAUGUUCUCUUACGAGAUAAGUUGAGAGCGCAGUGUCUUCUUCGACUUGUUUUAGGAGUAACAGGCGAUGGAGAAGGAAAUGACAUUUAUAGUCUGGCAUUAGCUCCAUCAUUGCCGACAUUGCCGUUUGAAGUUUUCCGACAGCUAUUGGAUAGUUCGCCCUUGACCACAGAUGACGGCAUGCUCUUAAGACGCAUGGUAAUUGAAGUGGGUGCAAUGCAUUUAGUUUUGAAUUGCUUGAGUAUAUUUACGCAUCACUCACCCAUAUAUCCACUAAGUAGUUCUCAAAAUGAGAUUCCUAGCGGUGGUGCAAAAACAGCACUUAAUAUUGUAGAGGAUGCUUCUUUACCCACAUCAGAUGACAAGGGCCAUAUGUAUUGGGCAAAAGGUACUGGAUUUGGUACGGGAUCCACUACACAGUCCUGGAAUGUUGAACAGGCUUUACUAAGACAAAAAAGUGAAGAAGAACAUGUAACAGUUUUACUGCAGGUUCUUGCAAGCUAUAUUAAUCCGGGAGAUUAUAUUCCAACUGACGAUGAAAUGCCAUAUCAUGAAAUAGCUGAUCUAUCGGACGAACUUCCAAGUGAGUUUUCAUCUCUGCUUAAACAGUCGUGUCUCAUUCCAGCACUCAGUUCCUACUUGCGAAACGAUUCCGUACUCGAUAUAACCCGACACAUUCCGCUUUAUCGUGCCAUACUGCAGCUUCUGCGAGCAAUAUCUCUUUCGCACGAAUUGGUUUCAUUGCUUCAGCCUCAAAAUGCAGGCGAGAGUUCACCAUCCAUAGCAGAAUUACUAUCGAACAUGAGAACUUGUGUUGACACAUAUGCAAAACGCUUAAAAUUAAAUAAGAAAUCGAACAUAAAAGGACAAACGCAACAGGUGACUGUCAACAUUGACGAUGGUGACGAUGAGGGUUUGGCACUUCUUAUACCCGACAUUCAAGAGACCACGAUUCUAGUUCAGAAAACCACAAAAAGAACAGAUCAACAGCUACAAAAUCAAUUGGCAUUAACAAGUGAAGGAGGUAUCAUUAAUGACAUUGAACGCAUACCACAGAGUAAAUCUAUUGAAGAGCGUUACUUGGAGGUCAUGAAAAAAUUACAAUUCGAUACAUUCGACAUGAUCGUUGAAGCCGAUAACAAUGGCUACCGUUUCGUUGUAUCGCACCAUUUUGAAAAAAUGGUUCGAAUGGCUGGCGAUCGUUAUCAUCCUUCUCGUGUCAAACGUUUGGCGCAGGAGGCUGUGACUCUUUCAACUAGUUUGCCACUAUCUUAUAGCAGUUCCGUUUUUGUACGUUGUGAUACAGAUCGUCUGGAUGUUAUGAAAGUACUUAUAACGGGACCUGCGGACACGCCAUACGCUAAUGGAUGCUUUGAAUUUGACGUCUUCUUCCCACCAGAUUACCCGAAUUUGCCAAUGCUUAUAAAUCUUGAAACCACUGGCCGCCAUUCUGUACGCUUCAAUCCUAAUUUAUACAACGAUGGCAAGGUUUGCUUAUCAGUUUUAAAUACAUGGCACGGGCGUCCGGAGGAGAAGUGGAAUGCACAAACUUCAAGUUUUCUUCAAGUUCUUGUCUCAAUACAAUCACUGAUACUUGUGCCCGAGCCCUAUUUUAAUGAGCCAGGAUUUGAGCGCAGUCGGGGUACACCAAGCGGGACACAUUCGUCUCGUGAAUACAAUAGCAAUAUCUAUCAGGCAUGUGUCCGUUGGGCUAUGUUGGAGCAAAUACGUAAUCCUAGUCCUUGUUUCAAAGAUGUUAUUCACACACAUUUUUGGCUUAAACGUAAUGAAAUUUGUGCCCAAAUUGAAAACUGGAUUGAAGAGCUUUGUAAGCCUCAAUACAAUGAACGUAGUAGUCGAACUAUUUCAUUUAAUUCGAUGGUUUUAAGACGUCAAUAUCGCCACUUACGCGAAGAAUUGGCGAAACUUAAAGUCCCAGAAGGUUUAAGUGAUCUGGAUGCCCCAUUUAACCCUAAUGUUACUUUACCAGCAAUGAACGAAAGUGGCAAUACCAACAACAACUGUGGCACAAUUUCCGUAAUGAAAGCCAACUGUGAAACGAUUACUGUAGUCAAUACAAUUGCCACUGCUACAGUAGCUGAUUCCAGUGACAAUGUUCUAGCGGAAACUACUCAGGCCCCUGGUGCAUUCGGAAGUGUGUCUUCGGAUACAAAUGUUCAACAAGAAAAAGAUGUACAGUCCUUGAAUACUACUCCACUACCACCACUAGAGAUAAAUACAAAUCAACCCUUUAUUACUUGCACCAUUGAGGAUGACAACGAUGACUCACCAGCUAUUCUUCCACAGACGACUUUACCACCAUCUGCUAAAGCUAAAAUAGUGACCGUCGAUGAACAUAACGUAGCUUCGAACAAUAUGGCGGGUGGCGAAGGUGACGAGGAAGAUGCUGACGUAAUUGCAACUGAGGGCGACGAAUUGGACGUUAGUGAUUAUAAAUGCAAUACAGUGGAUGAACUAAUGGAACAAUUAUUCUUUGAUAGUUCGGAAAAUGUCAUGCAAUAUGAUGAUUGAAUUGAAACAGAAGCCUGUACAUUAUCUUUUCUGCCUUCAUUUUUGUGCUUAAACAAAAACAAUUAAAAACAAACAAUAUUAAGGAUCUAUAUUCAUACAUAAAUACACAAACACAUGUAUUAAUUCAUACGGUUGCUCUUAGGUAUUUUGCGUGCGCGGUUUUUUUUUAUUCUAAUAUUUAAUUUUUGUAUGGAUAUCGUUUUAUAAUCUACAUAUUUAUCUGAAAUGAGAAUAUAAUGUUGCAACAGUAUGCAUAAUUUAAAAUAAAAAAUAUAUAUAAAACAUAAACCAAAAUAUGAAUUAAUAAACUUUAAUGUAACCUAAUUUGGUAUGAUUAAGAUGAAUAAAAUAAUGUUUUCCAUCAAA